CCCUUGUGAAUGUCUAGGUUUAAAAAAACAAGCAACGAGCAUUUUUCGUUGGUGGAAUUCAAAUUGUAUAUUUUUGAUUCAUUUACUCCCAAAAUUCCAAAUUAAUAAUGAAAUUAUUAACAGAAACUAAUGGUGGCAAACUUUUGAUAAAAUCCGAAGACGAGGAAGAGGGUGAACCACAUCCCCAUUGCGCUCAUGGUCCAACUUUAUUGUUUUAUUACGAGAACAUAGGACCGAAGGAGGGUUAUUAUGCCUGUUCGGCAUAUAGAGAUAAAAAAUUGUGCUCCUUUAAUUUGCCGGUCAAGGAAUUGACAACAAAACAUUUGAGUCGUGUGUAUGAUGUGUCCACUUUGCAGUUUAGGAAUUUAAGGGAAAAGUUUCUAGAUUCCACUUAUGAAACUCAAAAACAUUAUUGUUUAACCUGCAAUGAACCUCUCAAAGAAAGUGAUCUGCAGCCUCACCUGAAACAUGAAGUUAAACGAAAUCUUGCCACUAGACUAAUUAAUAAUCCCACCAUGUUUCUAACGCCUUUGGAUAAUGACAAGGCCCAAGCUCAGUACUUUUUUGAUGACAAAGCUUUGCAGUUUUUCGAGAAUUGUUUUAAUGACUUGAAAAUAACUAAAGUUAUUUGCAUAGGAGCCCCACGUUUACAUGCUCAUCUAACAAACAUGUGUUCGGCGAAUAUAAAAAGUUUCUUAUUGGAUUUUGAUUAUCGUUUUUAUUACUUUUACAAUGACCAGGAGUUUGCUUGGUAUAACAUGUGCAACAACCAUUUUUUUGACGAACUGCAGAAGCAAGAAUUUUUUAGAUUUUUAAAGUGUAAAAGCAAUGAAAGAGUCUUGAUAUUUACUGAUCCUCCCUUUGGCUGUCGCACAGAACCGGUGGCAGCUACAUUGCUUAAACUCACCAAACUUUAUAAUCGCAUCAAUCAAUUGCCAUAUCAACCUUUACCCAUUUUUUGGAUAUUUCCCUAUUUCUCGGCCCACUACAUACAGCAACAAAUGCCAGCUCUACAAAUGUCCGAUUAUAAAAUAAAUUAUACAAAUCAUACGUCCUAUACCGAUAUGGGCAAUAAGUCUCGUAAAUUAGGCUCACCGGUGCGUAUUUUCACCAAUGUCCCAUUGCAGCUUUUAAAAUUGCCAAUACAAGAACAAUAUAAAUAUUGUUGUAAAUGUGAAAAAUAUACCGCUUUGGAAAAUCGCCAUUGCGUAAAAUGCAACUCAUGUCCGUCCAAAAAUGGAGCCACCUAUAAGCACUGCGAUCUGUGUGGUCUAUGUGUUAAACCUUACUAUGUGCAUUGUAACAAUUGUCGCCGUUGUACUCAAUUGGAGGGCCACAACUGCUCGGAGUAUCAAAAUAAACAGAAAUGUUGGAUUUGUCGUGAAGUGGGCCAUACGGAGCAGAAAUGUUCAUAUUGGCAAAGAAAAAUGAAAUGUAGUAAUAUAUUUCCUCGCUAUAGUUUAAAUGCAAAAGAAACUGAAAUUGUUUGCCUUUUGUGUAAGUUCAAAGGUCACAACGAAAUGAUGUGUGAUAAAAGAGAUAAGUAUUUCAAAGAAUUUACUUUUAUGAGUGAAACUCAAUUGUUGGAAAAGGUUUGAGUAAGAAGUUUUUUUAAGUGGAACAUCAUUAUUUGACGGAAAGUAGUUUUAAGUUUUAAAUAAAAAUGUUGAUUAUAUUUUUUUU